AUGACUACCAAAGAUUGUCCUUCUUUGUGGAGCUUUGGAACAACAAAAAAAUUUAAAAUUCCUAUUGAACACUUGGAUUUCAAAUAUAUUGAAAAGUGUUCAGACAUUAAACACUUGGAAAAAAUUCUUUGUGUGCUGAGGUCUGGUGAGGAAGGAUAUUAUCCUGAACUUACAGAGUUUUGUGAGAAGCGUCUUACAGGCUUGGCUCCUGGAAGCAGAGCUUUGAGAAAGGAUAAACCUGCAGCAACACCAUCCAGUUUUACAAAAGAAGAAUGGGAAACAAUUGACAAUGAUUUAAAGAGUUGGAUGUUGGACAUUAAAAAUGAAGAAAAUACAAUGCAUUCUCACCACACAGAACUGCAUCCCAAUUUCGAAGAAGAUCAUUUACCUCCAGUUCGUGGCUCAAAUAGCCAUCCCCAUGUCAGCAAAGGAAAACAUUCUAAAAGUAGACCAGCUAAGAAGAAAGUUGCAAGGGAUUACUCAGAAUGGGAUAAAUUUGAUGUGGAAAAGGAAUGUUCAAAAAUUGACGAGGAUUCCAAAGAAAAGACUACUGUGGACAACAAGGCUCAUUUGUCUAAAAUUGAGACAAGACUAGAUAUAUCAGGCCUAACGGAGAAGGAAAGGGGAAUUCUUGCCACUCGUGAAAAGGAAAAAGGAAAUGAGGCUUUCAACUCAAAAGAUUAUGAAGAGGCGGUGAUGUAUUACACUAGGAGCCUCUCAGCCCUUCCUACUGUGGCUGCCUAUAACAAUCGAGCUCAAGCGGAAAUCAAACUACAGAACUGGAAUAGUGCUUUCCAGGACUGUGAAAAGGUCUUGGAGUUGGAGCCUGGAAACAUCAAGGCUCUUCUGCGUCGUGCCACUACGUAUAAGCAUCAAAACAAGUUCCAGGAAGCUCUAGAAGACUUGACUAAAGUACUGGAUGUUGAGCCUGAUAACGAACUGGCCAAGAAAACCUUGUCUGAGGUUGAACGAGAUCUGAAAAAUUCUGAACCUGCAUUGAAGACACAGACCAAGGGAAGAAGGAUGGUCAUCGAAGAAGUAGAAAACUCAGAAGAUGAUAAUGGAAAGGAGAGAAGAGUAACACAAGAAGAUGGCAGUGGAGAUCAGAACCCCGCCGGCCUGAAGAACCAGGGCAACGAGCUGUUCAAGAACGGGCAGUUCGCCGAGGCGGCCCGCAGGUACGCGGCGGCCAUCGAGCAGCUGGAGCCCGCAGGAAGUGAGUGUGCAGAUGCCCUAAGUAUCUUGUAUUCAAAUAGAGCAGCCUGUUACCUAAAGGAAGGAAACUGCGGCGAUUGCAUUCAAGACUGUAACAGGGCUCUGGAGCUCCAUCCAUUUUCCAUGAAACCUCUCCUGCGACGAGCAAUGGCCUAUGAAACUUUAGAGCAGUAUGGGAAAGCAUACGUGGAUUACAAAACAGUGCUGCAAAUAGACUAUGGCAUCCAGCUAGCAAACGACAGUAUUAACAGAAUAACAAAAAUAUUAAUAGAACUAGAUGGACCAAAUUGGCGAGAGAAGCUGCCACCCAUUCCUACUGUGCCUACUUCUGAGCCAUUUCGAGCUUGGUGUCCGGCAGCAGAGAUGACCCCAGAUCAAGCAGUUGAUCCCAGCGGCCAUCCCCCACCAAGCGUUCCAGAUGAAACAAAGUUUAAAGCCCUGAAGGAAGAAGGAAAUCAGUAUGUUAAGGACAAGGACUACAAAGGUGCUCUUAGUAAAUACAGCGAGUGCUUGAAGAUUAACAACCAGGAAUGUGCCAUAUAUACAAACAGAGCUCUCUGUUACUUGAAGCUGGGCCAGUUUGAAGAGGCAAAGCAGGACUGUGACCAGGCGCUUCACAUCGAUGGUGAUAAUGUGAAAGCGUGCUAUAGGCGAGCGCUCGCUCAGAAAGGACUCAAGAAUUUUCAGGAAAGCUUAUCUGACCUCAAUAAAGUUCUCCUACUAGAUCCAAAUAUUGUUGAGGCAAAGAUGGAACUGGAAGAGGUAACCAGAUUGCUUAGUAUUAAGGACAACACAGCAACAUUCAGCAAAGAAAAGGAGAGAAAGAAAAUUGAAAUUCAAGAGGUGAGCGAAGGCAAUGAAGAGGAGCCUGAAGGAACCUCGGAGGUCUCCAUGGACUGCCUGACAUAUGAGAAGGGGGAGGAAAGUAACGGGCCUCCAGAACCCUCUGAGCGACUUCCUAUCUCCAAGCCUAAUAACGCCUAUGAAUUUGGUCAGGUUCUAAAUGCUAUAAAUACUAGGAAAGAUGAAGAGGCUUGUGCACACCUUUUAGGCAUCAUUGCACCAGAAGAUCUGCCAAUGUUCCUGAGUAAUAAACUUGAAGGGGAUACAUUCCUCCUCCUUAUUCAGUCUCUGAAAAAUCACCUCAUCAGGAAGGAUCCCUUCUUGGUGUAUCAGCACCUUUUGCAUUUGAGCACAGCAGAAAGGUUUAAGAUGAUGUUGACACUAAUUAGCAAAGCCCAAAAGGAGCAAACUAAACAGCUAUUUGAUGACCUUUCAGAUGCACAAACCAACCACUUUUCUUUGGAAGAUGUACAGGCCCUAAAAGAGCAGUAUGAGCUUUAAACUCAAGAUCAUUGCUAGAUUUUUUUCCAUGCAUGUACGAGUUCCAGUAUUGCUUAAUGAGAUGGUAUUAAAAUAGAGUUGCCUGCCUGGAUAAAACCUGGCUUGGAAAAGAUAACUUAGGUCUGGGCUGUAAAACAUUUUAGUUAUUUUUAUAUACAGAACAUGUAUAUUCUACAAUAUACAAAAAAUGUACUCUACAAAUUCUUUUUAUUAGUUGUAAAUAUUUCUUAUGUACCAGAGCCAACAUCUUUAUAUUUAAAUAGUAUAUGUGGAACUUUAAUUUAUAGUACAUGUUUUCUUUUAAUAACUCAACCUGUUAAAUUUUGAUUUAAGCAGUUUUCUUUGGGCUAUUUGAAUGAAUUGCUUUAAAGUUCUUUUGAAAAAUUGAGUCUUAACAGUGAUUAUUUAUCACUUAGUAUCCUAUGAAGAUAACAUAAAUCCAAUUUUAUACUGUUAGUGGAGUCUGUUAAAAUGAAACACAACACUGGUGUCUGAUUAUUAGUUUAUUUAGAGCUAGGAACUUAUUUUUCUAAUAUAAAGUAUUGCCUAAUAAUUAAGAAAAUUGCCAAAAAUUGCGACCACUUUUUACUAGGUUUUAAAAUGUAUCUUUCCUUUAUAUAUUGCUUAUAUAAGCAAUAAAGUUACUAUAUAAAAGAAACCCAGCCUGUAUUUGUGUUUGAAUUGUUACCCCUUUAUUUUCUCAAAUUAAAAUAUCCCCACCUUU